GCUCUUACUUCUCAAAUUAUUUGUUUAGUACAUUAAUUAUCAUUAUGGUAGAUUCCACGGACUUUUCUCAUUACCAUCUUACAGGAUGGAAUAUAGACGACGACUCCUUAUCUUAUAUUGAUCAUGAUUAUUGGGAAGGCGUGCUAAAUCAAAUAGUCGAAUCAGAAAUGGGUAGAAAAUUAUCGGAUCUGGAUCGAGACAAACUGUUCCACAAAGGCUUUGGCCUCAUCAACAACCCACCGCAUGGCGAUCGUUCAGGACUAAGACGUUACAGCAAAUACUCAGAGAGUCGAAGGUUCAAAUUUGUGAUAAAAUGUUUAUGGGAUAUCACUGCUGGUCGGGAUCGUGGUUGUACAUUAGACCUUGAAGGUAAGAGACGUAAGACUCGCGAUUCAGCAGAUAAUACACCAUGUGGAAAGGAUUUCGGCAACACCAUAUGCAACAUGCCGGUUUCUACUAGGGGUUUCUUUUCCUUUGUAGUGGCAACAUUACACGCUGCCAAAGAAUACGCGUCGAAGCGCAGUCAAAUUCCAGCUCUUCAUCAGUCAAUUGAAGUUGAUUCAGAAGAAAGACUAUCAAAAGAGACUUCUCCACCUCUGCUAAAAGAAACCUCGAGCAACCAGGAAGAACCAACAAUGGAUCAACCAAUGUCCAGUUCAUCAAAUGGAUUAGACCAUUCAAGUGUGGAACAAUCAGAUGACGAUCUUUCAGCGUCGAUAUCAAUUGCAUCUGAACAGUCGGAACAUUCGACUGGGCAGGGGGAAGUUGUUGAACCGUUAGCAAAUUCAUCAUGUGGAUUGGGACACCUGGGUGAAGAACAGUUAGAAGUCGAUCGUCCAGCAUCAAUGUCAAUUGCAUCGGACUCUUCGGAAAAUCCAGAUGUUGGUCAUCCAGAGACAAUAGCAGUUACACCAGGCUCGUCAGAAAAAUCAGACAGUGAUCGUUCAGCGACAAUAUCAAUUGCAUCGAACCCUUCGGAACAAUCAAACAGUGUUCGUCCAGCACCAGUGUCAAUUGAAUCAGACUCAUCGGAACAUUCAAUUCAGUCGGAGGAAGUUACUGAUCUGAUAGCACUUGCACCAAACGGAUUGGGUCAUUCAAUUGGGCCUUACCAUCCACCACUAGUUGGCAUUGAUAUUACAGGUCAUGGAAGUCUCCUUAUCAAGAAAGCCUUCUUAGACAAAAGGACGGAAUCGCAAAAUGCCCUUCGAGUUUCUUUGAACGUUCUUUGUACACAGUCCAAGGACUACAUCCUAUGUGGACUAAGAUCUUGGGAGGAAGGAGGCCAUGUCGAGGGCCAAUUGGCUCUUGAUAUUGUUGGCGUGUGGCUUGAGAAAUCAAUGCGUCAAUAUUCUUGUCAAACCUUCAUAUGUUUCAUACACGACCUCGGUGCAGGACAACAAUUGGAUUUGGAGCAACUUUAUAGGGCUGCUGGUGGAUUUUCCCUUGUGGCUAGCCGAAGUAAAUUCGAUUUAGUUCCAAAAGACGCAGUAGUUUCAAACCAGUCUCAGAACGUUUCGCAUAAUUCUUCUUCUCAUCGGCACGUAUUGCAAAUUACGAACCAGAACGUUACUAGUAAGUUCAUUGGUCAUGACGGAGCCAGCGCAAGAGAAGUCGAGGAAAUUCUAGGAUUAUCCAUGUCUAUCGAGCAUUUUGAUGGAAAAGAGUACAUUGUGUGUAAGCCACACGCAAAUCAAAUUCUUGAUCGACAGGAACAUGUCAAUCAUGAAAGGUGCCGGAUUGGGUUGGAAAUUAUUAGUAUAUGGCUUUGGGAACAUUGGGACGCAAAAAAUGACUACAUAGAUUUGCCGGGGUUCCUUGUUUGUCUGAAAGCAUCAAACGAUAAGAUGGCUUUGGAGGAAAUCUAUGAAGCCGCAAUACAGUCUAUGAGGCGAACAAGGCUGCCAUAUACCCAAAAAGCUUUCUUCAAUUCAAAUUAUACCAUAGAAGCAGAAUCAGGAGCUUAGAAAGAUGGAUAUUUGAAUCAAUGUCAAUCAGGUGGAGCAAGCAACUCAUCAGUGAUGUAUCUUUUGGACAUGCCCAAUAUUAGAAAAGCAUGACAAUCAUCACAAGGAAAAGAAUCAAUGGCCGAAUAAACUUUGAACUGUGGCGCUUGAGA